CCAGAAAGAGGGCGAAAUUUUCAAUUUGACCUUUAGAGAGCUUCCAGAUGACGAUGAGCACGAGGCAUAUGUGUACAUGACAGUCUUAAAGGAACUGGACUAUAAAACAGCAAACUUUUAUUCAUUCAACAUAGAAGCUGAGGAUAGCGGUCACAACCCUACGAGGCCAAAAGACGUUAGAGCCAGCGUUACUGUUAAGGAUCGCAGAGAUUCUAAGCCAGUUUGGAUAACAUACUUCAGUGUGCAGACGAUUGACGAACUCGUCGGAAAGAGUUUCACAUUCACAGCCAUUGAUGGAGAUACUGGGAUUAAUGCAUCCGUUUUAUACAGCAAGGUUUCUGAACAAAAUGAAAAUGCAAAUUACAUCAGCAUAGACAAACACACCGGCAUUUUAGACAUAAAGCCCAUUGACAGAGAUACAGACGAUCUGUCUGUGUACACAUUCCAAAUAGUAGCCUACGUGAAUGACACGGAUAAUCCAGGAGAUUGGAGCACCCCGCAAAGCGUCACUCUCUACAUCAAUGACUUGGACAACAAAUCACCAGUGAUUGUAACGAGGGAUAAAAUCGACUUCGAGUUUUUCGAAAACUUUGCCGGCAGCUUCGAGCACCCGAUCCUAAUUGAAGAUAAAGAUACGGGUGAAAAUGCUCAGUUCUCAGUAGCUCUAGAAAAGCUACCUGGUACAAAAAUUGAUUAUACUGAAGCGUUUAUUAUUACACCGAACGCUGGAUACAAAAACACCACCUAUUUCGACAUAUCAGUCAGGAAUAAGACGUAUUUGGAUUACGAAAACUCCGAUUGGAGAGAAAUAACGUUUAAUAUACUCGCGAAAGGAAAACUCGAUGACACAAAGCAAGACAGUCUAAAGAUUACAGUGAAUCUAAGAGAUCUGAACGAUGAGCGCCCAACAUUCGCCAAGUCUGAAUAUAUAACAGAACUUAAGGAAACCGCCAAAAAAGAAGAUUUUGUGAUUCAGGUAAUGGCCACAGACGCUGACGAAGAGGAUCAGAAAACAGGACUCAAUCACACCCUGUUAGGUCCGCAGAGAAUCCGGGACAGUCUAGAGGUUGAUCCAAAAACUGGCGUAGUGUCCGUGAAAAUAGACGAUGCCUUUGAUUAUGAUAAGGUGAACCCUGUCUUUUUUCAAGUGAAAGCAGAAGACAACGCGGAUCCGCCUCACUCUGCCACGGUUCCCGUCACCAUCAAUAUUCAGGACAUCAACAAUAAACCGCCCAGCAUACACACCGGAGAUCCAAUCCGAGUGAAAGAAAACCAAAAGAUUGGUACAAAAUUGGAAUGCACCAUCACAGCUGACGAUCCUGACACAACAGCAAAUUUAGUGGCCAGCCUGGACUGGGAGAAUUCGUACGCUAUGAAGAAUUCUAUAAAGCUAGCAGAUGUAAACUUGAAAAAUGCAACAGAGUUUCUAAAUAUCGAACAAACUCCGAUACCUCAUACCAGAGGCAUCAAAAUAGACCUCAAGGUGAAUGAUAAGAAUGAAGAUGAGACUUCCCCCGAUUUUGAAACGUUUGAUUCUCUAUACUUGAGUAUUACCGUUGAAGAUUUAGCAACAGACCCCGCAUUCAAGGAGACCAAAAGCAAGACCAAUGCACUACUCAUGAUCAGCAUAAUAGACGUGAAUGACAACGCCCCUUAUUUUCCUGAAGCUAGCGCGACGAAGCCUGAAAAUAGAACUGUGACUGAGAAAACUACAAUCGGCACUCCGUUGGGUUAUUCAAUUCAAGCAAUUGAUGUUGAUCUUAAUGAUACAAUCACCUAUGCAUGCCUGCCCGACGACGAAAGGUACGACUGGUUGACGGUGGACUCCCAGACUGGAGCGUUUUCUGUCAAAAGCGAUCAAAUUGAUGCUGAUAUUCCGUUAUACUACUUCAACUAUACCUGCAUAGCUCAUGAUAAAGUUAAUCACCAAUCAGAACCACUCAAGGUAGCUUUUUACAUAAUUGAUACCAACGACAAGACGCCUGCUUUUAACCUGGAUCCUGGUGACAUCCACAUCGACGAAGAGGUUGAUAAGGAUACGAAUGUCAAAGAAAUAAAUCCAACUGACGGAGAUCGGGACCGAAGGUACAACAAAGUCGUGUGUAGCAUUACAGGCGACGAGAAAUGUCGUCAGCAAUUCAUAGUAUAUGAAAGUAACAUAAUCCAAGUGAGGAAUGGCGGAACAGCUAUCGAUAGAGACACCAUGGACGAUCCGACCUUUGAGUGCAAAGUUAAGUGUGAGGAUUGUCCGGAUUGUCAAAGCCGGAGGUUUUCCGAACAUACGUGCAAGAUCAUACUGGACGAUGUUAAUGAUAACCCCCCAAAACUGAAGACGGAUAAUAUGGAUGCUUCCGAAAGCAUAAAAAAGGGCCAGCUCGUCCAGGAAAUCAUAGCUGAAGACAGGGACCAAGGUGCUAACGCUGAAAUAGAAUUUAGUAUUACUUUUGUGGAAGGUAAAGAUGGAACAGACUGCUCUCAUCUGUUUAGCGUCUUGCGAGACGGAACUUCUGUGGACAAAACACACAAGAAAACUAGCUUCAUGGCUAAAGAGGACUUACAAGGAUAUUUUGGAACGUACACGGUUUCUUUUCAUCUAUGCGACAAGGGUGAACCUCGUCUAUGUGGCGACUACAAAAGUACGUUGAAAUUAGAGAAAUUCAAUUUCAUUGAGCCUAGGUUUGUCUAUCCUGAAAAAGAUGAACAAAACUUCAUAUUGCUAUCUGUGCAACAACAAAACAGUCCUUUGAUAUUAUUUAGAAGCAAAGACCAUCUACAAGACUUCUCUGUGGCUGAUAACAUUCAUACAAAUUCAUGUAUUAGAUGGGAUACGGAUAUAUAUUUCAAACAAAUUAAGCCUGCAGGUGAAACGUUUUUCAUGCUGGUCGGGAAAGAUAAAUGUGUAUACCAACUUCAAGUGAAAGGAAACUUCAAUCCCGACCUCGACAGUCAAUAUGAGCUGCAAUUAACAGCUGAUAUUAAGAAGAAGCCUGAAGAACGAAGUCCGGGAGAAGCAAAUUAUACUUCAAACAUAAAUAUUUUAGUAAACUUUCUCUCUAAUGCACAAGAACCGACGUUUGUAGAUUGCAAAACUCAAGUAUUCGAGGUGAAUUUUUACGAAGAAGAUGUUAACCAAAAUUAUACCAUAUGCCAGGCAAAGUAUCAAAUCGACGACCCAGAUCUGCAGAUAUUCUAUUACCUUGUCAGUGAUGACGAAACUAUCCAUUCGAUCUUCAAAGUGAACAGCGCGACAGGCAUGAUAACGCUGGAUCAAAAACUAGACUUCGAGAAACAAGAAAAAUGCGAGUUUCAGAUCGUUGCCUCGAACGACACGAAUCCUUCCAGCGAAAACAGAAUGUCUUAUGCCAAUAUCGUCGUUAAUGUACUGGAUAUCAAUGACCACGCUCCCGAAUUCACACAUAAGCAAUACUUUGGUGCACUUAUGACUGGUUAUCGACAACCGUUCACUAUAAUAGAGCUUAAGGCUACAGAUGCAGAUAAGAUAGACGAAGGAAAACUUACGUACUCGAUAGUUGGAGAGAUUAGCCGCAAAGGAGAGGGUAUCCAAGAUAUCACAAACCCUUUUUAUAUCAACGAUGAAAACAGUGGUAUGAUCCUCUUGAACUUUACUGUUGAAGCCACCAUGUCCGGAUACUUUUCGUUUGAUGUCAUGGUAAAAGAUGUUCAGGAUGAUACUGGACAUGGUCCAUUUAACAGUACAGCACCAGUGACGAUAUUCAUAGUAACAAGUGACAACACUGUAAAAUUCCGAUUCGAAAAUACCGUAGAGGAGGUAAAAGAUCGUGAAGAUACGAUGUGUGAUGUCAUCAGCAACAUUCUCAAAUUAGAAGCACAUAGGCAGAUCAUAGAGAAAGAUAAAGAUAGCACGGGCAAGGAGCUGAACAUUACUGUCGCAAGCUUAUAUUUUAUCAAUAGGGCAGAUAAUUUGCAAACUUACAGUUUGAAUCAAGAGCCUGCAGGUGUGAUGGACGCAUCUUAUAUUCUCAGGCAAGUGAGAGACGUAGAAACCUACAUGCGAUUACAAAGGGAACUGAGGGCGAUCGCAAAUUUGAGCCUUCUUUCAUUUCCUAAUACGGACACGAUCUCGGAUGACUCGGACCUGUUGCGAGCUUGGCUCAUUGGGGUUUCUGUUGUCCUAGGCGCACUGUGCGUCAUGCUAUUAAUAUUCUUCAUCAUAAAAACUAGAAGACUGAGCAACAAAAUCAAAAAGCUGACAUCCAAACAAUUCGGAUCUCAGGAAUCAGGUCUGAAUAAUCUUGGUUUUGCUGCUCCAAACACAAACAAAAAUGCAAUAGAGGGUUCAAAUCCAGUAUUCAGAGAUGACGAUAUAAGGAAAGAUAGCAUAUUGAACUUUGCUAAUACAGAAUUCGAUCGAGCCAGCACAAGGAGUGGCGAUUCGGAGUUACAAGACGUCGAGUUGAACCCAGAGUUUGAUUUGGCGUUCGAUAAAAAUGAAGAUGCGACACAAACAUAAAAAUGUUCGCGUAGUGUAAUAAAUGUCAUAUAUUCUUAUUGUUAAGAUUAAUCUAUUUAUUAAUAAAAACUGUAUUAAGUUAUUAA